GACUAUUGAACGUCACGGCAGAUUCACUGGCUGAGUACUGCGGAUUGACGGGCGAUCAGCAGGAAUCCAUCCCAAAGCGUGAUCAAUUCGGAAUUUUGCGCCAAGUAUCUUCCAACCCUCGUGGACGCCUACAAUGGGCAAGAUGCAGCAUUCAGCAUACCCAUGAGAAUGCUCAAUGUUGUUGCAUACUUGCCUUACUUUGCUAGGUUUCUAUUGACCACGGCUGAAACAUCGAUGUGUAAGACUCAAGCCCAUCGCAUGGCCACUGCAUAUUCAGCUCCAGAAAAUCCUGCGCACAUCGUAGAAAUGUGCCAGUUUCUCUCGACCCUCUUAGCCCUGCAGGGCACGAAUUCCGUCAGCGAGGAAGAUAAACAAGCCCUUCUCCCAAAACUACGUGAAUGGAAUAGGAAGUACCAAAGGCUACAGAUCACGCGUUGCCUCAAGCAGCUGGAGGAUGAUCCGGAGACAAGAAUCAUGGCAGAUGUCUUGAAACAACACUGUGAAAAGCCUCUCAAUGAAUGUGGCUUUGACGGCUGUGGAAAGUCCGGAACCUCAAAGCUUUUGCAAUGCUCUCGUUGCAAAAUAGCUGUUUAUUGCGACCGUGAUCAUCAGAAGAAAUCUUGGCCAUUCCAUAAGGCGACGUGUUUCCCAGCAGUCUUUUGAGAAACAUGUAAAACUUGGAUUACGGGUUGGGACUUGGUACAAUCGAGAUACCUCUGUAGCAU